UUUCCUUUGCUUUAUGUGAAUAGCAUUGGAGGCCUUAGAGCAAGUGUGUUGUGAGUCUUGAAUGGUGCCACAAAGUGGAUCUCAGGCAAUUUUGACUUGUUUUUGGAUGAAGGCUAAAAGCCCGAACGUAUUUUUAGAGCAACACAAGCAUCAUGGACGCUGAGUCGCACCGUGUUUUGGAAUAUUUAUCAGAAGUUGAGGAGGCAGCUGAGGAUGUUCUCACCUCUAAACAACAGAUUGUGGACCUGGACUCAAAGAGAAACAGGAACAGAGAGGCAUUGAACGCACUGAAGAAUGAGCUGUCAGAUUCAGAGAAAGUGAAGGUUUGCUUUGGAAAUAUGUUCAUCAAAUUUCCCAAAUCCAAGACAAGAGAGAUGAUUCAGAAAGACCAGGAGCAGCUGGACAAGGAGAUCAAUGACCUUCGCAAAGGACUGAAAGCAAAAGUCAAUCGUCUCAAUGAGAUGCAAGGAAAACCAGAGCUGAGAGGCUACAAUCUGUCUCCUCUGUCCACUGAUGAAGUCAAAGCUAUCAACAGUCUUUUAAAGAGGUGACAUAAAGUGCCAGCCUCUGGAGGACACAGUAAAUGAUCACUUUGGACAAUCAACAACAUGCUUGCAGUUGUAUUUUCUUAACCUGAGAACAGUCAAACAUUGUAUUCUGAGUGUAUAAAAGUACAAAAAGCAGGAAAGGAAGUUGUUCCCUCCUUCCUGUGAUUUGGUGAAGUUUCACUCCAACUAGUGAUGGAUGAAACUGUGUCAUUUUCUGCAACAAUGUUGAUAUCUGUAUAUAUUGUAUUGUGAUAUAAAGUUUCAGCAUAAUCAAUGUAGAAAUUGUAAAGGGAUAAAGUAUUAAGACAGGAAUGCCUUAUUUUGGUUCAUCAACUAAGGAAAUACUUGAAAAAGAACUUCAUAACAUUGAUGCCAAUGAAUCCAAUUAAACAGUCCUGAUCAAUGAUUUA